AACACUACCUCUGUUUGCGUUUUUGCAAAUGUUUUCCGGCGGAAAACCAAACGAAAAUGUCCACCAAUUCCGUAAAUAUAUCUGUGGAAACCACCUGUGAGAAUCAGAUUCGUGAGAUAGGCUACGAUGGCACGGAGCUAUACCAACCGCCGCCCACUUUGUCGGAGAGUUUAGCAAAGUGUGCAGCUCGCAUAGACUUCAGUAAGACGUCGCUGGACGACCUAAAGAAGGAGGAGAAAUCAGCAGCAGCGGCCGUAGAAGAUGAAAAAGAUGCUACUCAGUUUCAAGAGAGCCUCUGGCCUUGGGACGCUGUUCGCAACAAACUUAAGGAUGCCCUUACAGAGAUCUGUGUGCUCUCGGACGUCAUAUCUAUUGCCAAGGACAAAAGGUAUCUAGUGCUAGAUCCCCUUUUGGAAGAGGGAGACGAUACCAAGCCUAUAGUUCAAGUCUACAGCCGCAAGAAGGCCAUAUCCCAGGCAGCACAGGUGCUUCUUGGAGGAGCUGAACGUCUGCGAAAUGCCCACAGCGAGCAGCGUAGCCGAAAUGUCUCAGAUUUCCACAUAGAAUUGCUACGUUUGCGUCAGAACUGGCGCCUGAAAAAGGUGUCCAACGCUAUAAUUGGGGAUCUGAGUUACCGGACGGCUGGCUCAAAAUUCGGCAUGAGUGGUACUUUUGAAGUGACCAAGGCAGAGGAGACUUCCGACGAUGACACCCCCAGCAGCUCCAACUCAUCCGGUGCCGCUGCUAACAAUGGAAUGCCUAUUAAGGCCAGUUCUGCCUUACGCGUCAUUGUUCCAGCUGAACUACAGGGCGUUGCUUACAUAAAAGUAAUCACACAGAAAGAUCAAGAGGAUCUAUGCACUGCCCAGGUGAACCUCAUGGGUCACGGACCGAAUAUACCGGCGCAGGUGGGUGUUUGGCAAAAGACCCUGGAGUUUGCUCAAAACGUUCUGUUCUGCAAAGAACUCUUUGCCCAACUGGCGCGCGAGGCUAUCCAACUGCAGGCCCCCAUUCCGCAUGUGGUGAUUGGAAACCAGAUCAGGGCCACCUUACUGCCCAAUAUACAAUUAAUAAUAUCGCUCUGCCACUCGACCACCUUCGACUCAAGCCAACCAGCACCGAUUAACGAUCAUGACCACGUUUUGGAGCACUCGUUGCACCAACUUUUGCGUGACGUUCACUAUAAAAACUCUCACCAUCCUUUCCCGCAUCCGGCAAGUGCCCCUCUCGGUCCAUCAAAGAAGCGUAUGCUGGCGGGUCCGACAGCUGCUGAUCGGGAAACGCUGCUAGAGAUGACCAAGACACAAACUAUAUUGGAGCAAAUCAUUGCCCAGGCGCAGCAUAUUUUUAUGCGAAAAAGAACACAGUACGUGCUGGACACACUAGCUAGAGACGUAAAGGAUCCACAAAUUGUUUCGCACUGGAACGCCAUGAACAGUCCCACAAUGUCGUGUGUUAAGAUCAACAUUGUAACGCACGGAUACGAUGCUAUCGGUCGUACCUCACUGGUGAUCCAUGUCAAGGAGCGAUCGCUUAAAUGCAUCUGUCGGGAUGGACGCGUCAUGAAACUAUCAUACGAGCCACAAGAACUGCGUGAUCUCAUUCUCUGCCAGAUCAACUCCCACCAGAUCUCCUGCCUCAUAAGCCUGGCACGGUGUAUGGCUUGGACGGUGCUGUCCAACAGCAAUCACUUGGGCAUUGGCAAGGUGGAACCGCUUGGAAACGCCAGUUCCUGCCUGUUGGCCUCUCCAAAUAGUGAUCGCAUGAUUGCCGUUCAGAUACGCUGCGAUCCACAGAUCGACGUUAAAGUAUAUAUUGCGAAAAGUCCCCGGCAAGACUUCUUUCCCAGCCCUCUGGUCCCGGAGAAAAUUUGGGAAAAUCUCGGAGGAAAUUUCAAGGAGGUGCGGUUCGACAAGAUAGAGGGCAAGAGUUUCCUCAACAAAAUGGAGUUUUUGAUGGCGUCACUGACCAGCAGUUCGGCCUGAAGAUUUUCUUCUUUCAUCAUCCAAUAGAUUAUAAAUCAUUUAAGCGUUCUAGUUUAAUUAUUUAAUACAAAGAGUCGUAAUUAGUUAUACUUAUAAAUUGUUUUGAUACACAU